GGGCAGGCCGGGCCAGCUGGCAGCGGGACGAGGCGCGGUGCGGGGCGGCGGGCGAGGCCCGGCAGCGGGCGGCCGCGCUCCGCCCCACGGCGCUCCCCGCCCGGCGGCCCCGCCGCCGCCUGGGUCCGGCCCGCCCCCCAGCACCCCGCGAGGAACAGCUCCUGUGCAGUUCGCAGCGCCGCAUUGAAAAGGGAGCGGGAGGGAGAGGCAGAAGGGAAAAGAGAGGAGGGAAGAAAGGAGCCCGGAUCUCUGGGCUAUUGAAAGCAGUAAAGGAGCUUCCAGGACAAGCUGAAUCUUCAGCAAAAAUAGCUCUUCCAGGGUUAGGCUUUUUUUUUUUUUUUUCCCUUUCUUUUAGUCGAGUGCACAGGAGAAGUGCCCCCACCCCAGCGCACACCCAACCUCUCAGCCUGAGGGGCACCUGAACCAGCCAAAGCAGAAUGUACCAGGGACACAUGCAGGCAGUAGGUGAAACCUUGAAGAAAAAGUGGCUCUGUCUUCAAAAAAGUGACCUGACCUUUGCUUUGGGGAAAGGCUCUAGGGCGGCAGAUAAGGCUGUUGCCAUGGUGAUGAAGGAGAUUCCGAGGGAGGAGUCUGCAGAAGAAAAGCCCCUCCUUACUAUGACAUCACAGGGGUGCAGAAACCAAAAGGAAGCAGAAUCAAGUGAAAAACUGGUGAAUGAGCAACAAGAAAGCAGACCCCUUCUGAGCCCCUCCAUUGAUGACUUUCUCUGCGAAACUAAACCAGAAGCUGUUGCAAGGCCUGUAACAUCAAAUACUGCAGUAUUAUCAACAGGUCUGGAUCUCUUGGAUCUCAGUGAACCUGUCUUACAAAACCAAAACAAAGCAAAGAAAUCAGAGAAUCCAUCAAGAAGUGAAGGCUUAAAAGCUUCAACCCACAGAAAGAAGACAGACAAUUCUGACCUUAUCAGUGUGGAUACUGAGCAGAAGGUCCAGACUGUCAGAGUUUCAGACAAGUCUUCACUAGAUUUAGUUGAUAUUCACACACAGCUAGAGAAAUGGGAUGACGUCAGUUUUCAUGGAGAUAGGAGUAGCAAGGUCCACCCUUCUACGGAGCGAACAUCAUCAUCAUCUAGAGCUCCAUCAAAAGAACUUUUAUGGUCCACAGAAAACAGAUCACAGUCUGAGCUGACUAAUGUCAAGAGUGCCUUGGACUCUGAUUCGACAUCAGAAUUAGAACUUGCACCCGCAAUACAGGCACGAUCAACUAAGGAGCAGCGUUGGGGAGGGCCUCUUCUCUCCAGAAAUCACUCCUUGGAGGAGGAAUUUGAAAGAGCAAAGGCAGCUGUUGAGUCAGACACAGAGUUUUGGGAUAAAAUGCAAGCAGAAUGGGAAGAAAUGGCUCGCAGAAACUGGAUUUCAGAGAACCAGGAAGCACCAGGGCAAGUCACCAUCUCAACCAUUGAGAAGGGUUAUUAUUUCCAUACUGAGAAUCCCUUCAAAGACUGGCCUGGUGCUUUUGAGGAAGGACUGAAAAAAAUGAAAGAAGGUGACCUGCCAGUUACAAUCUUAUACCUGGAGGCUGCUAUUCUGCAAGAACCCAAUGAUGCAGAGGCCUGGCAGUUCCUUGGCAUAACACAGGCAGAGAAUGAAAAUGAGCAGGCAGCCAUUGUCGCCCUCCAAAGGUGCCUGGAACUACAGCCAAACAACCUAAAAGCUCUGAUGGCCCUGGCUGUAAGUUAUACUAACACUGGCCACCAACAAGAAGCCUAUCAAGCUCUAAGAAACUGGAUAAAGCAAAAUCCAAAAUACAAAUAUAUAGCGAAAAGCAAAAAAGGGUCCCCAGCACUUACCAGGAGAAUGUCUAAGACAUCAGAUGAAAGCUCAUUACUUGAAGAAGUAAAGGACUUGUACCUGGAGGCUGCUCACCAGAAUGGUGAUAUGAUAGACCCUGACUUGCAGACGGGACUUGGAGUUCUUUUCCACCUGAAUGGAGAAUUUAACAGAGCAAUAGAUGCAUUUAGUGCUGCUUUAACUGUUCGGCCAGAGGACUACACAUUAUGGAACCGCCUUGGAGCAACAUUGGCAAAUGGGGAUCGAAGUGAAGAAGCUGUCGAGGCUUACACACGUGCUUUAGAAAUACAACCUGGCUUCAUUAGGUCCAGGUACAAUUUAGGGAUAAGCUGCAUCAACCUAGGCGCAUACAGAGAGGCUGUCAGUAAUUUUCUCACUGCUCUCAGUUUGCAAAGGAAGAGCAGGAAUCAACAACAGGUUCCCCAUCCUGCUCUAUCGGGCAAUAUUUGGGCAGCACUUCGAAUUGCUCUGUCUAUGAUGGACCAGCCAGAACUAUUUCAAGCAGCGAAUGUGGGUGAUCUAGACAUUCUGUUAAGAGCUUUUAAUCUAGAGCCGUAAUGAAAAGUAUCCACAAAUUGAUUAAAUUGUAUUUGGAAACAGAGAACUCUUUUAUUACUCAUCUCAAAAUGACCACAUUUUCCAAAAGAUCAUGGCUGUAGAUCAGUAGGGGAAUUACCUUGGACAUUAUUCAAAAAGAAAAGUUCAAAAGCACAAAAUAUUGUACAUAAAUUCAAACUCAAAGGACUGAAAUGGGCUUGUGGCUAAUCUGACAAAGCCCUGAACUAGAUGAAAUAGCCAUUUCUGAAGAAUCUUCAUCCCACGCAAGUUAUAUCUCUCUCCAUACACACAGCUAUACAAAGCAAAGUAUAUUAAGAACAAACCUAGAUAGUCAUUAUUGCACAUUAGAAUGGCAAGCAAUGCAUCCAAGGAACCUACUUAGUAGCUCAUCGCACUGUGCUGACAGCACUUUGCCCUCCAACAUGGAUUCCCCAUCCUUGUUUCUUUGUCGAAAAGUCUUCUCAAGGUCUGUUUUUAACAUAGCUCUGAAAAUAGAUGCAUGUAAAAUGGAUGAACUUUAUGUUGAAUAUAUUUAUUAGUUUGCAGCCAAGAAAAUUUUUGUUUCCAAAAGCACCUUGAUUAAUUUGGGCCAAAUUCUGCAGGCUCACAGAGUUGUGAAUCGUGCAAUAUUAAGAGGAACAUUGUACAAGGAAGUCUAUGAAAUUAGGCCACGUACACAUGGAAGGCCAAGUGUUGCCAGCAGAAGUGGUAAUUUGCACUAGAACUGUUGCUGUUUAAACCAGCUAUCCCUGAUCUUGGACAGAGUGUGUCUGCUUCAAUGGAGCUCAGCAGGAUCUGCGCCUAUCUAUGUACUUAUGCACUUUAAUCUUCCUUUUUGUAAAACAGUGCUAUGCUGUUAUUUUAGUUACUAACAACAGAAUGUAUGGGAUAGCCUUAUCGGCAUAAAGGACCAAAUAUCAUUUCCUGAAAUGUGAUGAGAAGGGUUUCAAUAUUCUUAUGUUUUAAAAAUGCAAAUACAGUGUAAACUGCAAUAUCUAUUAGAAAGAUUAUUCUAUUAUGCAUCUGUCAGGUACUACACACAUACAUGCAUGUGCAUGCACAUACAUGUUGUAUGUGAAUUAUGUCAUUUCAGAACAUAAUAAGCCACAGAUCUUUAUUGCAAAUAAAGAAAAGUCUUCAUAGGAGUUAAUGCCUGCAGACCACGCUCAAGGGAAAAUUUUCCCUGAAAAAAAUGGAUCUAUAUAAUGCUUGUAGGAUUGAGACUAAGAUUUGAUCCUGGUGUUACGGCAAGCAGUAGCAAAAAAGUCUCAGUGAUUUCCAUGAUAGCAGACUAAAUCCUUAGGUAACAUCAGUAUUCGUAGCUGCUUUAAAAUGUAUAUAUAUGUACACCAUCUUAAUUUUCCACAACUGGAUGAAUGGGGAACAGCACUGGGGGCAGCACGCUGCCACGUGGUAAAUGGAUUGAUUUGGCUACAGUGCACAUUUAGCUCAAGGUGAAGGGAUCAAAGACAGGAACAGAAAUUUUUAAGGAGGCAAUUUUCAGUUGCUGAUAUUUUUAAUAUCUUUCCCUAAAUAGUGAAAGAUAAAAAGUGCAAUUAGAUGGCUACUGUGUUGAUCUGUGGUCAGGAAUUCAAUGUACAGGGUAGCUAUUGAAAUGUGUUAAAAUGGGACAAAUAGCACAUUUUCUAUAAACACCAUUAAAAGAAAAAUCCAGCUCAAUCAGUUGUAAUAAAACAAAAUCCAGCUGCACAGAUCACAGAGAAAGAAGCUCUGUGGAAACUGGACAGUUUCACCAGUAAACUUGAAGUUGCUUGCAGCUGUCUGUUUUUUUGUGCAACCUCUUAAAGAAAAUUCCAUGUAAAAUGGUGUAACGACUGCAUCACUAACUAUAGUUUGUUAAAUAAAAACAACCAAUUCUGAUUAAAUAAAAAGCUCACCCCAUACUCUCUCCCACAGAACAGAGAUACUGAAAUGGCUAUAGGAAUUUUUUUAAUAGUGCUUUAUCAUUGUUUUUAUAGCUAUUCCUAUUUAUCUAUGAAGCAUUCCAAAACUGACUCUUGCAACUUUCUCUAAAGACUGGUUAUCAAGGACUCAAUGGGAAUGUCAUUUUAGCUAAGUGGGCUGCUGUAUGCAUAUCUGCUGACAACAGUUUGCUCUUUUGCUUUGACAGCAAUGUGUGAUGACAGCUCUUUAUUGAUAAGGCAGAGCAGAAGGUGCAGUGCAGUUGAAUCUGGAAAGUGAUAAGAGAGAAGGGAGACAGCUUUGAGAUGAGCCUGUAAAGCAAAGCCAUAUGUGCUUAGAUCUUGCUUGAUGCCCUGCCAUCACACAAGUUGCUCUAGAAUAUCCUCUGUGCUGGGCCGUACGAUAAUCAGAGCCUAUCCAGACCAGUUAGCUGUUCAGAAGAUUUAUUUUUAUAGCUUUCAAAUAAAAAGAGAAAAACUUAACUGCUUGAUUUCUCAGAGUCUGAACGACAAGGGGCAUUUGAUGCUCACAUCAGUCCACUAAACCUCUUCUCUUCUAGCAUGUGGACGAGUAACAUAGCAAUUCUGUUAGGAAAACCUAACGCAACUCUCCUAGCCUCCUCCAAAAGAACAGACAAAAUAUGUAGCUUUUGAUUUACCCUGGGACAGACUGCUCAAAAUUGCAUUCAGCUGCUGAUACGUGUCCACAUCCAUGUGACUGGUAUGAGGAAAACUGUGUAAACAUAGAGACAAAUCACUGGGGCCGUACUCUUCCUCCUGAGGGGGUACUCAGGCCUCCAGUUCAUCACAAGCACUGCAGUUCUGCUACACGGGACACAGGCUAAGGAGCCUAUUAAAAGGGAUUGUGCACACUCUUGGAGAUUAUCUCGACCUUUCUCUCCUGUUCUAGAUAGCCUAUGGCCCGUUAACCACAUACCACUGACUAAGACACUCAGUGAGGGAAAGACUAAAGCAGAUAGAUUUACAGGGAACAGUGGCACAUCUCCUCACACCAGACACCAGUUCUGGCCUGCUCUGUGUGGGAGAAUGGCUGGUGACUGCGCUCACUGACAGGUCAGGCUCAGCAGCUCCUGGCACUUGUGGAGACUUCAUCUUUCUUUAGCCCCCACUACCAAGCACUGUCAGUGCAGAGACAGGAUUAGAUACAGCUUUUAUCUGACCUCCUCAUGGUGUUUCUUGGAUAUUCAGUGGUGAGCACGUAUAUCUGCCUGAAACAGCAAGAGGAUACGUGAGGAGGCUGCAGCAUAUUAAAGUGAAGAGGAAAUUCAUCUACUUAUACUUCUAACCAGGCAUAAGGUAGGAUAAAUCAGGUGGCUGCUUAACACUGGCAGAUUGAGCCUGGGAGUGACAGACAGGAAACCUGGGUCCUAAGUGCUCCCUGUGAGCUCGACCAAGUCAAACCUGUUGCCACCCCUGACUUGCCCAGGUGUGCAAGGAAGGCUGAAAGGCAGUGAACAGCCAUUGCAUGUGACAGCACCACACAGAGCAGGGAAGCACUGCUGUUUCACAGGCUGCACGGGUGAGGUCACCACUCACAUAAAUGGAAAGAUAACACACAAACACAAUGAUGCUCACGUCUCAGUAAGGAAGCAGUUUUACACCAACACUAGCAAUUUCAACAAGGAGACUCAGAAGCAUUUCAGAACAACUGUACAGCAUUUAUGGGGUGAUGCCAACUUAGGGUGCUGCAGUAGUUUACCAUCAUCUCCCACCCAUUUCCCCUUCUUGUUACUCCUCUCUUUCUCCAGACGUGACUAAUCACUGCCAGGUAAUUGAUUCUAAUUUUUUAAGUCUUUCUUCUAUUUUAUAUUUCACGCAGUUAAAAAAUGUUUUCCUUAACCCCAGCUUGUGACUGUCCCUCUCCUCUGCAAAGCUUUCUGAAUAUUUAUGACCUAUACGUCCAACCCAUCAAGCUGCUGAACACUGAAAGUCUGUGUUCUUCAGAGGAGCGCUCAGCACUUUGCAUGAUGAGCUGGUGUGCAGGUAUUCAGUUCCUGGACCAGGGCUGGCCUCUGGUACCGCUGAACAGGCACCAAAAUCAAAGGGAUUACUUAUUGAAUGAGGAUUUGUGACGAAACAACUAGGGUCAUUCUUGCUGAUCUCUUUAAACUGUAAGAACUCAAGAAACCUUGUUGCAAUAGACUGGUUUAUGUCAGUUUGGAGAACUGUUUGAUCUUUAGGGAAACACAUAUACAUAUCUGUAUCUAACAGUAUUUUCUUAUGAUCUGAUAAACUAAAGCACUUGUAAAAAAUACUGAGGGGGAGGUUCAAAAGACACAAAACCUCACAGGACAAUAUUGCAUGUAACUACAUUAACAAAUAGUCACUGAAAUGUUAACACAAAGCAUGCAGCAAUCCUACUUGCGUACAUGUUUACAGAAUGCACGCACAAGGCCCACACACAGGGUAUUUUUAAACUAUUGAUUAGUAUUGUCUAGGAGAUAUUUUUAAAAGUACUUUGCAUCUGCCAAGCUCAAAACUGAGUUGUUCAUCUUAUUUGGAACAGGUUAGACCAAACGCAGAACCCUUUUUAAAUUCCAUCCUUAGAAAUCACUUUGUGUUGUGGAUUUCAUGUUUGCAUCAAGUAUUUAAUUAACAACAGACAUCUGUAGUAACAGCUUUUGUAGAAAUGUUUUAGUACCCUCUUAAGAAUUUAAAAGCUAAAUAUGCACAGCUAUUCAGUGAAACUGGGCGUUUGGAUUUUCACAUUUUCAUCUCUACUGUAAACCAUAUAGCACCAAAACAGAUUGCCAGAACCAGUGGAAAAACAAUUGUUUGUGUCUACUCUUACCAUGAGUCAGGCUUUUCAAACUUGCCCACUAGCUCUGAAGACAGCCCAGUGUCUGACUGUCCUGUUUAAAACACAGAGAUGUAAAACUUCACAGGAUCUGAGUAUCUGCUGCAUCCUCCAAUUUCAGCUGCAGACAAUUAGCUCUUCCUGCUUAACCUGAUGUGCUGAGCUUUCAGCUGAGUUAAAGAGCCAAUUUAGACAACUUGGGCCUGUCUGUCAGCCAAAAUUAAGGACCCUGACAACACCAAUAGACCAGCCAGGUGAUCCAAUGAGCAUCCAUAGAGCACAGGCCUCCAUAACACCAAACCCACCAUGACAGACAUAAUAACUGAUAACAUUACUGGUAGCCACCGAGGCCUAAAUGAUUGCCUGUUGGAGCCAGUGAGAACUGGAGUGAAACACAGAUUGGUUGCAGAUCUCUUUACCCAAACAUGUGUCUGCAGAAUGAGAUAUAUUAAUACUUCGCAUGAAUAAACUGCACAGAUGAAAAACUGAGAUUUCUGGUCACCAAUGUUGCCAGCUUAGCAGUCUGUACAGUGAAUUUAUGUAAUAAAUAUUUAUAAAAUACUGAGUAUUCACAGACAGAAGUGAGAGACAAAAUGCACCGCACAUUGCGAAAAAAAUGGUGGGUAUGCAAUACAGUAUCAUCUAAUAUUCAAACCUCAUCUAGGCUAGAAAUCAGAUUCCUCUGCUAUAGUUCUACUAUUUUUGGAAUGGUGAAAUAAAUCAGAGAAAAGCAGUGCCAUGCAUGAAGAGAUCAUGAAUGCUCUGAACAAAGCUAGGCAAAAUGAAAAGUGAGCAUGUCACAGAAUCCACAGAAAGUUUCAGAGCCUCAGCCCACAAAACAAUAGGUAUUAGGCAUGGGAAAGAGACAGAAGGAAUAUAAAGUUUCCCAAAAUGAGCUGUAAAUUUACAAAUGCUUGCAUAUGUGACAGCCCAUUGAGCAAACUUGCAUGGUCGAGACUUUAUGUGCUUUGAUCUUUUUUCCCCUUCCACAUUUACUGAAUGCAAUCGACAUUGGCUAAAACUUUAAGAGCCUUUUUAAUAUCAGUAAUCUAUUGUAAAUUCAGAAAAAUCUAAACAUUUAUAAAUAUAUUUUAUAUAUCAGAGUAUAACGUAUCUAGAGUGAAAUAAAACUAUAUAGUUUUGAGAGGCAUUCUGUGCGGCUUCUUCUAUAUGCUGUAAACUGUUUGAAGACCUCUGCAAUCUUGCAUCAGUUUUUUUGGCUUUAUUUUUAAGCCAACAUACAAGAAAGAAGAGAUUCUAGGGUUGGCAGAUACUUUCGCCUGGGCCACCUGAAGAGCCCUGCUGCUGGAAAGCCCGACACUUCAGUGGGGCUGCAAGGUUUGGCAGUGAGGUGGGAGUUCAGCCCUACACCUGAAUGUUUACAUUUCGUUACAAAGGUUCAUAUUGACCCAGGUUAAGAAUCUGAGUCUGUAAGGACACACGGAGUAAAAGAUUAAUUUCUUACUACAGGUAACUUUGCCUCUGUAUACUUAGUGCAUUAUCAGCUGUGUAUAAUACUAAACACAGACCUGCAGUUUACUGAUGCUUUAAUUUGAUGUUUCCUUGCACUGCUCUUUAAAAGAACCUAUUUCCUCAAAAAUGAACGAUGUGCAUAUUGGAUGUGUUAAAUUUAUUAAGGUCAUAGAUGACUAUUUGCAGAGCACCACAUUUAAUGUAGUAUUUUUGUACUGUAAUGGAAGCAUGCCUUCCUUGAGUUCUUUUCCACAUAUUAAAUUGUAUUUAUUUACCUGUAUUUAUAACUGUGCAAUUUUUAAAUAUGUUUUAAAAAUAAACUUUGUCUGUGGCUUCAAAUAU